AUGGAUGACACUGCUCUAGUACUUCUUGACAGGGCUGAAGAUAGAAAAGAAGAGGUUGAGAUUACUAAAAGUAUUGAUACCCUUAUAUUUCGCAUUGAAGACACAUUUGAGCUUGAGAGAGGCAGCAUCUCUCACCUGCAGAUAUGGAGUAAGAAGUUUAAUGACUACAAAAAUUUGAAAAAAUUCGAGGAAGUGGAAGAUGGAUGCAAGAUAAAUGCAGUGCCAAUGAGGAAACAAGAGUCUGACCUGCCAACUCAGUCUCCAGUUUCCCCUGGCAUGACUGAAGGGCCCCUAGUUUCACCAACCUUGACAUACUGCACGGACUCAUUAGGUGAAGACGAAGAUGAAGCCUUGAGUGAUCAUGAUGCUAAACAGGAAGGUGCUAGCGGCUUUGCUCUAAAAACCAACAUCUGGCCAGCUGGGAAGGACGUCCUGUUUGUCCACUUCUUCAAUCCCGAGAUUCUUGAGCAGAAAAAAUGGAAGUGUGAGUAUGGUGUGCUCAACAUCGAUAAUAUCCUCUCUUGGGCUGGGGCUUGGAAUACCAAGAAGUGUCCCAAUAUUCCAACCUUUAAGAAGACGGAUAGGCCAGAUAGGGCUGACAUCAGAGUCAAGUUUGAAGGUGGUACAUGUUGGUCCAAGGUUGGAAGGAAAGCGACGACCGUUCAAGAUAUAUCUGAGCCCACAAUGAUCCUUUCACUAAAAGGUCUAGACCCCAAAAUGCAGAAAUUUCUUGUCAUGCAUGAGUUUGGCCAUGCCCUUGGUCUGUUCCACGAACACCAGCGUUCUGACUUCUGGGAGGUAGCAGAAAACUUGCUGGAUAUGAGGAAAAUGAGAAGAGAUCCUCGAAUGAAGAACGUGAAGUUUGACAGAGAUAUGUUGGAAAAGCAGUCACAAGAUGCCACGGUGAUGACGCCAGAGUACGAUCCAGACAGUAUCAUGCACUACUGGUUUGACGUAAAAUGGCUUAUGAAGAAAAAACACAAGAAUCUAUCAAAAGUGGAGGCUGAUGGAAGUGUCAGUGAAGAAGAAAAGGCUGUUUUGAGAGGAAUUCACAAGAGACAUCUGAGUUGUGCUGAUGGGCCUUCAGAGAAAGAUCUUGAUUUUCUACAAGAGAACUACGGAGGAGUGUCAUCCUCCCCGACCACAACCAACUCCCCUAGAUCAGCCUCAGGUCAGCCACCCCCACCGCCAGCUGCACCUUCCCACGGGCGAAUCAAACUCUCCAACUCUGACAAGCCGUACCACAAAACACUGUAUGAAGUCGCGUACACACAAGGAAAGAACAAGUGGUAUAGCAUUGGCUUAGGUCUGGGUUUGUCUGCGUCUGAUUUGGUGUCCAUUCAGAAAAGCUGUCAGUCGGACGUUGGAGAUUGUUUUCGUGCAAUGUUACUGAAGUGGUUCGAAAGCAGUUCUGACUGUUAUCUUGACAGUUUCCUGAGUGUUCUCAGAUCAAAGCCUGUGGAUCUAGGCAACCUUUGCUCAGAAGUCGAGGAAGCCAUCUUAAAAAUUGCCUUUCCUGAGCAAGUUGCCAAGAAACCACGAAUGUACCACUGAGCAGAACUUAACUAGCUAGCCUAAUUAUUAAGUAGAAGUACUGAUAUUUUACAGAAUAGUUACUUAAAUCUUUAUUUUUGAUAACCCACAAUCUUUUAUAAUUAUGUGUUUAUAUACGUGAA